AUGCUGCUGCCGGAGGGGCCCCCAGCCUCUGAAGAGGCCACGGCUGCUGGGCCCCAGCGCGGCGACUGCAUCGUCUGCUACUCGGCCUAUGACCUCACCGGGCACCUGCCCCGCCGUCUCUACUGCGGCCACACCUUCUGCCAGGCGUGUGUGCGGCGGCUGGCCACGCCAGCCCCCGAGCAGUGCUGGGUCCCCUGCCCGCAGUGCCGCCAGAGCACGCCCGUGCCCCGCGGAGGGGUGGCCAUGCUGGACCUCGAUCUGGCCGCCUUCCUGGCCGUCAGGGCCGGGCGGGGGCUGUCUCGCCUGGAGCUGCAGCCCCCGGGGCCCCACAAGGGCAGCCCCACCAUCACCCAGCAGCCGGCCAGGCUCCUCCCCAUGUCGAGCCCCCCGCCCCACUUCCCCCAGCCCGGAGGCUGCUGCCCAGCAUGCCGUAGCCUCUGCUGGGAUCCCCCAGGCAGUCCCCAGCUCUGA